AUGAAGAAGACUUGGAAUAUGGAACAACUUGCAAAGGCUUACAUCAAAAAUGUUGUGAGACUACAUGGAGUUCCUAAGGAUAUCGUUUCUGAUAGGGAUUCCAGCAUGACACCAUUUGAGGCCUUGUAUGGAAGGAAGUGUAGAAGUCCACUAUGUUGGAGUGACAUUAGUGAGACAAUAAUUCUAGGUCCUCAAUUGAUAGAAGAAACCACGAAGCAAGUGAGAGAAAUCCAAGCUAAGAUUCAAGUUGCUCAAGGUAGGCAAAAGAGUUACAUAGAUUUGAAGCGUAAGGAAGAGGAAUUUCAAGUUGGUGAUAAGGUAUUGCUUAAGGUUUUACCAAUGAAAGGAGUUAUGAGAUUUGGAAAGAAAGGGAAAUUGAGUCCAAAGUACAUUGGACCAUAUGAGAUUUUGCAAAGGAUAGGUAAAGUUGCUUAUAGAUUGGCAUUGUCUAUGGACUUUAGUAAGGUACAUGAUGUGUUUCACGUUUCUCAGUUGAGAAGUACACGCAAGAAGGAUGUAAAGAUAGUAAAGGUUUUGUGGUCGAAUCAAGAAACUGAAAAAGCGACAUGGGAAGCUGAGAAUGAAAUGAGAAAGAAGUGCCCAGAAUUGUUUGAGUUUUAG